AUGGAGUCCAAGAGCUCAGGGUCGACCGGCGCAAGCGCGACCGGCCCAGUUCGCACCCGCAAUAGGACCACGCCGAGCGCGAUCGCAAAGAGAGCUUGCGACCAGUGCAAGUUUCGCAAGAUCAAAUGCAGCUUGUCACAGCCGUGCAAGGCUUGUCAGUCGAUGGGAUUUGAUUGCACAUUUCUCCAGCCGCAGAAAAAGCGCGGGCCAACGGGCCAUCGCGUAUCGCAAAUUCGACAGCAACAAACGCCUAUCGUCUCCAGAAGCUCCUCAGAAACAUCAACAUCCAAACAGGAUGCCUUUCAAUACCAUGUGCCGACGACCGAGACGGGUCAGUCUGUUCCGAUGGCGGGAACAUCCUGGGCACCCCCUCACGGCGAAGUCACAAUGCCCAUGAACGGACCAGCUGGCCUGGCACCAACGGGGCCUUCUCCGACAGUAGUGGAUGCCUGGGGGAAUGAAACGUCGUCUUUGAACUCUGGCGGUAACGGCGCGGUGGGCUGGACCGACCGACCCGAUAUCGAAUAUUGGCUUCCAGAUCAUCUGGGUGCCCAGGUCCCGGUCUUCGAAUUCCCCGGAAGCAACAUCUACCUCAAACCUUCUCUGCCAUCUAUUAUACAGCCUGUUCCCGAUGUGGCCCCCAUGAAUAUUGCCCCACAGGAGCAGCAACCACUACCAUUUUCGCCGACGGUGGGAUCCGUGCAGUCCGAAAGCCAGGACGGAGGCGAUGAGUUCUGGCCAACAUCUAUCAACGAAGCGAACAUGAUACCUUGGAUCGACGUUUAUUUUGACCGGUUACAUCCGACCCUCCCCGUACUAAGCCGUUCUUCCAUGUUCACACAAAUGAUGUGUCAAGAGCAUCGCAAGAAUCCCCAAUUCGGAUCUAUGGUGCUGUCACUUUGUGCGUUUUCUCUGACACAGCCUAUCGAAAUCAAUGAACGGGCGACCACCUCAUCUCGUGCUACACAAGCACGGUUGAUGAUGCACGAGGCCACCAAGAUGCGGAGCUGCUCCGACUUUGGCGAGCACCCCACUAUAGAGGCUAUCUUGACAAGCUUCUUCCUCUUUGGUUGUCUAUUUGGAAGCAAUCAGCACAAUGCCGCCUGGCUUCGGUUGCGGGAGGCGCUGGAUCUGGCGUCCACGUUGGGACUGAACGAUCCCAACUCGUAUCGGGAUUUGUCUGGUGAUGAGAAAGGCCAGCGAUUGCGGACCUAUCUUGUCUUAUCAAUUACAGAAAGAGCUUAUGCUCUUCAACGGCUACACCCGGUAACAUUUUCCGGCAAACCGGGCUUCAGUAUGCGUUCCGUGCAUGACUUCCUCCAUAAUGCAACACAUAGCCUUGUCUCAGGCAUUAUUGUUCACAACGAAAAAGACGCCGAGGGCAUGAUGGGUCUAGCACGAUUAAUGGAACUAUUCGAUGCCAUCGAUGAAGAUUUCAUCCAUUGCUGGAACCGACGCUGCGACAUUACCAAAGGUUUCUGCCAAAGUUUCACAGAGGCCAAGGCCUUAUCCAUGCAUGCUAGCCUUGAUCGAAUCAGCCAAGCCGAGCGAUAUAAGGGUUACGACUGGUUCGAGCGAGCCAAAGGAGAUCAGAAUGACAACAACGCACUGCUCGCAAUCGGUCUACGAGAGACACAAGCAGCAGAUGUUUUCGUCACCCAGAAAUGGCUUCAAAACCGUGUCUGGCGCCUUUGCCUGAAUCAUGGUCUUCUCAGAACCCAUUCCGAGCGGCCCGAGUUGACCUUUGGUUAUGCAGUGACCGUGGCCGAAUCUACACUUCAACUUUGUCGGUCAUUACGACUGAGUUCUAUGGAAGCGCAUGGGAUUGGACAUACCGAAAAGAUGUACGAUAUCGCCACCGCGGCAACUGACAUUCUUUGUAACAUCAGCCCACCCUACGGAACAGGCAUGACACCUGCGGGCAACUUCGCCGAAACAGAGUCUGCAACAACCACACCGCAGACUCUCGCUGAAGAUUUUGUGCUGUUGCUCAGCAGUUUCCGAGGAGGAAAUCAUCCGUUUUUGGAGAAAUACAAAGCCCACCUCCGCUCGUUACAAAUCCCGGGGAUUUGGUCCCAGCAAUAA